AUGGCGGGAACGAAAUCGCCUCGGCGGCUGAGAUUAAUCACGAUUAAUACGCCAAAAGGUCAAGAAGUUCAGAUCUUUGUUGAAGAGCUCAAGGCGAAGUAUGACUUCAAAUUAAUACAUCAGGUCUGCGAUGUGCGUAAAGGCUUCCAGAAAUCUGAAGAAUUUCUCAAGCUUAACCCAAAUGGAAAAAUCCCGGUCCUAAUCGAUAACAAUCACAAUGCGUUAAACAUAAGCGGACAUCCAUUUUGCAUUAUGGAGUCGCCGGCCAUUGUAGAUUACCUCUCGGUCCGGAUAGACAAGAAGAGAUUAUUCAGUUUCACUCACCCUCUAGAAAGAUGCGAAAUGGAGCAAUGGAUCACUUGGGGCAUAUCUGAGCUAGGUUACAUGACUGAUGAAUGCAUCCAUUUCUUACGGUACGCGCCACAGGGUCAGGGGAAAGUAAUCGAGCAUCACACAAGAAACCUACUCGUCGCUUAUCACGCAUUGGAACGCCACUUGAGUGGUCCCCCGCCUCUCGCGGCACAAGACUACAUUGCAGGGUGUGGGAAAGGGACAUAUUCUAUUGCUGAUAUGGUUACAUGGCCGUCGAUUAAUGUCAAUCAUUUAUGCGGACUUGAGGCCUCAACUCUCGAUGACUUACCACAUGUUAAGGCUUGGUUUGUUAGAAUUGGUUCAAGACGCCAAGUUAUCAGUGGGUCCUCAAGCAAAUACGAGUACGUAGGCCCACGGCUCGUUGCGAGAAUACACCAACAUUAUAUUGAAGGCUCCUUUGGCUUUCAGGACAGCACUUUGAAGGCGCAGAACCAAGCAGAAAGUUAA